UCGAGCGAAGUGUUUGUGGAGCUUUGUUGUGGACGGCGAUUAUCGCGUAUUUCGGGUCCUCUCUCAGUUUGGGUGCUUCCUGUGGCUUCCAUGACCCCCCACCGCCUACUAUGAGCAUUGAAACAUGUUCAAGAAGAACGCCACAUCAGGAGACGUCAAGAAAAGCCAAAGCAAAUGCCUGGACGUCAAGCGAGAUACGCCCACCCGCUUGAAGCAUCUGCGGACGGUCCUGGAUAACCAGGAACCUGGGGAAGUGAAAGUUUUUUUAGAAGUAAACUACAGCCCUGUGUUCCAUGUCUUCUACGAGGCUUUCAUCACAUUCGAGGGAAAUCUACGGCAGAAGGGAACUUUUGCUGUACAACGAAGUCACAGGGAAGACCUAGAAUGUUCACUGUAUGUGCUUGAUCGUCUCCUGUGUAUCCUUCCUGAACUAUUUGAGCGAAGAUGGCAGUGCAACGCACUCACACACAUAUUCAAAAAAAUCCUUCAUCCUGGCAACACAGUGCGGUUACGGAGGGAGGCAAUGAGGUUAUUCAUUCUGUGGUACAUGAUCGUUGGGGAUGCAAAGACUCCAGAGAUGGACCGCAUGUUUGCCUCCCUCGUUCCAGGGUUCCCCAUCCCUCCUCCUGCUGCCAUGCCACCAGACUUGGGUUGUGGGGGAAUCACCUGCGUGGAGCCCUCACCGGUCAUUCAGCCUUCCAACACGGAGAAGACCCCUGAUGACCUUACUUCAUACUUCCUCAGGUCGCUCAUGGAUUUUAUGGUCUCCCAGGUCCGGAGGAUUGAGUGGCGAGAUCGCACACAACACACCAAAUCUUUUUCUUACCUGUUUGCAAUGUUUCGUGCCUGGUAUAUGCCACACAUUUUCCCCAGUUUCAAUCCUGAAAAUACACUCUAUAAACCUAACCUGGAACUACCUGAACUGAGGGGCAGUCCUGGUGUGAGUCCGUACGGCACGUGUCAGGUGGCAGUUGUGGAGUGGGUGCGGAAAUUUGUCAUAGCUACCUCACAGCGGAGUGGACAAUCGCUAUCCUCUGUUAGUGAGGAUGAUGGACGUCGCUCUGGCCAUGGAGAUGCACCGGAGGGAAGUACCAGUGACCAGGAUUCAGUCACAUCCGCAUUUUACGUCAGUGAUGAAGGAGGCUCAGGAGAGGAUGGCAUUAUGGUGCGCGACAUUCUCUUCUCCUCUCGAGAGAAUAUCAACUUCAUCCACGAACUCUUUCGCCAAGCACUGUGUCUUAGUUUCCGUUAUGCAGGGGUCAUGAAAACUGUAAUAUUUUCCUACAAAGACUGGAUACAGAUGAAUACUCCAGAAAUGCCCCCCUUCAUGUUGGAGCCUUUGGAAGGAGGUACGAGCCCAAGGGACGAUGCAGCAGGCUCUAUGGAAAACAACAGCCAGAGACGCUUGCGUAAUGAAUCUUACCUUGGGGCUGUCAACAAAGAGAUUCAUAUUCGAGCUGGCCUUCAGAAUGUUCUGCAAGUUUUCAUCACAAGUGCAGCCAACGUGUUCCUCCUCGAGGUGUCACCCGACUACCCACGUCUCUUGGAUGAACAGGUUGAGGUUUGCAAACACGUGCUCAAUAUUUACCGAUACAUGGUCAUGAACACUCGCAUGGAACAGAAAACAUGGGAGCAACUACUGGUGGUGCUACUUCACAUUACCUCCCAGACUCUCUGUGGUCGACCCGCCACCCACAAGGAGGACUCUCUGGGUGGAAGGUUUGCCUCAGCACUGUUUCAGACCCUCAUUGUUUCGUGGAUUAAGGCCAACCUGAGUGUGGUAAUCUCAGGCGAUCUCUGGGACCAGCUCCUCCUCACUCUCUCUUCCCUUACCCAUUGGGAUGAGCUUGUCAAGGAGUGGGCUAAAACAUUAGACACACUAACUAGGGUGCUUGCCCGCCAUGUCUACGGCUUGGAGCUCAAUAACCUCCCUUUAGAGCGAGUGACAGAGCGCCGGAUGAUCAAGCGAGGCACCAAGUUAACAGGAUUAGAUUCCGUAAGAAGCAGUUUUGCCCGAAGCUGGAGUAGUGUGCGCAUGGAACGACAAGUUAGUGCUGCGGAAGGACAUACCAGUGCAGCUCCCGCACUUUCUCAUCUGCAGGAGGAAGCCCAUACAGACCACUCUGCUUCACAUAGUGGGAGCGAGCGCAGCCCAUUCAGCCGAAAGAGAAGGAGCAGUUCUGGGGGAGGAUCUCUCAAAGCUGGAGCGGGUGGUAGUGGUGGCAGCCCCAAACUCUCCCCUCACCAUCCCUCGAGCGAUCACUCUCACCAUCACCACCAUCACGAUCACCAUCCUCAUCCUCACCAUCACCACCAUGGGCUAGCCAGGAGGCUGACACGCUCCCUUUCAGAGUCUAACCUCUUCGUCAGGAGGAGGUCAGGCAGAGGUCGGUCGCACGGAGACUGUGACGGCCACAUGACCAGCCAUGGAUUCCUGCACGGCACCAGAUCCAAAUCACUAGAGACGCUCUCGCAUGGCUAUGGUGACGAUGACUCUCGAACGCCUUCCCCGUCACCGUCGUCUGGGGUGGAGUCGUCUUCAAUGAAGGACUCUCCGAUGCAGAUUGAAUUGGGGGGAGACACCGCCAGUAUAGAUACACUGGAAGGAGGCUUGUCAUCGGAACAGCGCUCAGUCAUGUCGGGUGGGACGGUUCGAGGGUGGCUUCCAGAUGUUGCUGUUGUCUUGUGGAGAAGAGUGCUGGGGCUUCUUGGUGACCCUAAUGAUGUUGCAUCUCCACUCAUCCAUGCACAGAUAUUCAAAUACCUCUCUGAACUUACGGAUACUUUGGUCAAGUUGCGAAAUAAUCAAAGCAUUUCAGUUGACAACCAAAGCAGCCCAGAGCCUCCAGAACUAAUACCUCCAAUUUUGCUAGUCGCCCCUUGGUGCUUCAGGGCUUUAACACUGCCACCUCCUUUUCAUCGAGGCAAAACACUAGCCUACCGGUUGUUGUGUGUGAUGAUGGUACGCAAGCACGAUAUCCCACCACCAAAAGACAUUCUUACACAUUUUUAUAGAGUUCUUCACCAGGGUUUAGUUGGUCAAGAUCAGGAAAUAAUCAACACAUUAGUAGCAGAAUGUGGCCCACACUUCUUCUCCCUGGGAUUGCCAGGUGCUACCAUGCUCACUCUGGAUUUCAUUUUUGCUACUAACACUGUCAUAACUGCUCCUGAUUCCAAAGUUCAGUCACCGCGUCUAGAGGCCUUAAGUCUCCUUGGAUCUUUGCUGCCGCUCUCAUCGCUUUACCCGUCCAUGCCAGUCCUUCAGCCUUCUGCCACGGAUCUUGCUCUUAUGAACUGCUCAGAUGUUAAGGAUCACUUGGUGAACGUGUUACUGAAAAGCGGGAAGAAGGACAGCUGGUGGCGCACCAGGUCACUGGCCUUGUGCACCCUAGCCCUUUACCUCUACCAUGAGCUGGCCAAUCAGACUUUCCACACGAAGGUCAAUGAGGCUGUAAAUGUCCUCCUUGCGUCCUUGAAGCAAGCAGUACCUUCAACGCACCCAACUAAGCAUCUGGCCCAGAGUGCUGAGAUUGGACGCUUGGUGGGUCAGAUAGCAGCUGAUUUACUCCUGCUCAUGUGUGACCAUGCGGAAGCUCUCCUCACGCACUAUCCAGAUGUACCAGUUAGAAUUAUUCAGGUACUCUGUCAGACACUAGGAGCUAUUGGAACUGACAACAGCCUCACUGUCAGUACUGAUGGAAAACACCUUGUGCUUUCAUGCCUCUUUUGCCUGGCGGAGUGGGUCAUGCGCAUGCCUCAACAAGUACUUAUUCAACCUAUGCAAGACAAACAUACUUUACUUCAACAUGUAUUCAAGGUGCUUCACGUUAUUACCAGUGGUAAAAAGAGCAAUCAUAUAAAAUCACCCAACAUAGAAAUUGUGGAUUUUGAAAGCCAUGUCCGGGAAGAUUUGGGCAGGAGUGGGAGCGUGGAUUCCUCAACCUGGGGAGACUCCCUCAAGAGGUCCUCUUUCCCUGCCUCAUGCACUUCUACUAUAAAACUAGCUGCAAGAUCGAUCACAAGUCACAUCAUGAACCACUUAUGGCAUUUCCCCCUGGGUGUGGGAGCACAAAGGCUUUCCUCAUUGGUGGUCGAAGGAGACGACGUCCCCGGUCUUUCUGGAGAUGAAUUAUCAUCUGAGGUGUUCCUUUCACCGCACAUUCAGCUUUUUGCCCUCAAUCAGUCGUGUCUGUUGUCUCUGGUACAGCUUCCAGCUCUGCAGGUUCCAGGAGGGGCAGCCACUGCAGGAUUCAAGACACCAAAUUCAGAGGUGAGACUCAUCCUGCGGGAUCUCUCUGGAAAGUUCUCAUGGGAUGCUACCCUUCUCUAUGCCCCGCCAAGUGAGUGCAUAGCCGACCCAGCCAUUCAUGUCCACCACCAACAGAUGAAGCAGUCGCAGCAGUUACAAGCACAAGCACAGCAGCAACCGAGCAUGUCUCCUGGAGCCACAACUGGACCCCCUCCACCACUACCUGGUUACACAGGUUUAGGAGUUCAGUUCAGUUCGGCAAGCAGCUUGGAGCACCACACCGGCAGCCGCGAUGAUAUCAUGUCUUCCUCAUUUGUUGUGACAUCCCCCCCAAGGCACACCCUUAGGCACCGACCACCGGGGAUUUUGCCAACACACGAAGAUUCGGCCGAGGAUCUGGACAACUUGGAUGAUCUGUUGAAUUAUGUGGGUCAUACAAGCCCAGAGGUGCUGGAGCAGUUUGGCCAUGCAUUGAAUGAAGCUGUAGGUCCUCCUCCAACGCUUCCCAUCGAGUCUCAGCAUGAUGCUAUUUCAACCAUCCUCAACCAGCGCAAUGUGGAGAAUGAAUUCUUCUGCAGACACUCUUCUGAUAUGAACAUGGUAUGUCCAGAAGUCCGUUGUCCAACCCCUGUGGAGUCGCGUUCUGUGUUCCAGCAAGGGAGGCUUAUCUUCGACCAGUUGGGAUUGGCAUCGUGGGAGAAGCGAAAAUCCAUUCACACGCUGAAGAAGAAUGACAAGUUACUGCGUGAGCUGAAGAACCUGGAUAACCAGAAAUGCCGAGAAACCCACAAACUGGCUGUCAUAUAUGUAGCAGAAGGGCAGGAAGACAAAAUGUCAAUCCUUAGUAACAGUGGUGGAUCUGCUGGCUUUGAGGAAUUUGUUGGAGGACUUGGCUGGGAAGUAGAGUUAGCCACGCACACAGGAUUUAUGGGUGGACUGCAGCGAAAUGGCUCAACAGGAGAGACUGCUCCUUACUAUGCUACGUCACUGACUGAGGUCAUCUUCCAUGUAUCAACCCGAAUGCCUUCGUACUCAGAGCAAAGCAUGUUGCAAAAGACUCGCCACCUUGGCAAUGAUGAGGUACACAUCGUUUGGUCAGAGCACACGCGAGACUACAGAAGAGGCAUCAUUCCUACAGAGUUUUGCGAUGUCCUUAUUGUGAUUUACCCACUGCCAAACCAGCUCUACAGGAUACAGAUUUCAACAAAGCCAGAUGUUCCCUUUUUUGGCCCAUUAUUUGAUGGAGCUAUGGUAGCUCACAAGGUCUUGCCAGGCCUAGUGCGCAGCACAGCAAUCAAUGCCUCAAGAGCCAAACGCAGUAGAUUGGCACUUUACCAGAACUUCUAUGAAGAACGAGCAAGGGCUCUUGACACCAUCAUCGAACAGUAUAGUGAACCCACAACCUUUGAGGCCUUUAUAUCCUCUGUCUACUGCCCAGUCUUCCCCGCGACAUUCACUUCAGGCCCAACUCGCGCCUCAGGGACUUCUUUCUCAUCGCGGGUGUUUGACUCAUCCAUGGGUGGCUUCGGCGGUGGCUCAGGUGUGUCGGGACUAGCGGCAGCCCUCCUGGAUGACCCGCAGUUACCCCCAGGGCCCCCCCAGAGACCUCCACUGACCAGGCCCACCAGCUAUUCCACUGGGGAGCAGCACCACCUUCGAGAGAAAGCAAGGAGUGUCCUCCUGAUGGACCACAUAAGCAGCAAUGAUGACGGGACGGGUUCGUCGCCCCGCGGCAACAAGAAGCUCUCCUUCAAGACCCCUCGCAAGGUGUCCUCGGCGGUGACCUCGGCUGGAGCGGCCGCAGCUGCCACCACACCCCCCGAGAGCCCCAUGCCCCCACCCCGGAGGCCCAAGGAUGGAAUGCAUCACGUUAAUCUCAAGAAAUAGUUUUUUUUUUCUUUUUCUUUUUCUUUUUCUUAUCUUCUGUGAAGGUAGUUUUUGAUCGUUGUUUCUUUUAGUCGUCUUGUUGUCUUUGUCUUGGUCGUCACUUACCCCCCCCCCCCCCCUUUUUUUUUUUCAUUUGCUGCAGGCAAUAGAGAGCACUUUUUUAUACAAUCGCAAUUUGAAUGAAAUUUAUUGGUCGUCAGCACUCUUGUAUGUUCUAAGUUCUGAUUGCCAAAGGAAAAUUGUUAAACACGGUGGUGACGACAAAUUUAUUGUUAAUGACCACAUUCAGAAAAUUAAUGUGAUUUCAAAAUGCUAAAAGUGACCAAGUAUGACAAAUUGCAGGUUAUUGCUCAGUGGAAGUUGGUCUGUGCUUACAAAUAAUUUCAUACAACUGCAAGCAAUUCUUUCACCUCAAGUCUUGUGAGAUGUUUCACAUAAGAACACUUUGUGAAAGGGAAAUAAAAAAUGUAUAUGCAGGUGAAGUGACUGAUAUAUAAACAUUCUUAUAAUAUUAUGGAUAAUAUUUACUUUGACAGAAUAUUCUGAAUUAUUCUCUACCUAGAUAGCUUAAGAUAACUGAUGCAUCUAAUUUAUUGUGUGUGUACUAUUGCAGUACAGUGCUGAAACCUAUAUGGAAAGGUAAAGGAAAGCAGAAAGUUACGACUGUUAAUUGCAAGCAAAAUGGUUUCGUCUUGCUGUGACUGGCAAGAUUCUCUGUAGUUGAAUGUUGAAAUGCUAAUGUUCAUGGCAUACACUUAUUAAUUUUCUUUGUGAAAAGUAUUUUUGAAUAGAGGAAGGGAUGAUAGAUAAUCUUCAAUCUUUAUUUCUUUUGAUUAACUUGCUUUCUUUGUCUUGAAUUAAUUUAAGUUGAUCCAGCAUGGGGAGAAGAGGUCUUUAGUACUGAUGUAGAUUUUUUUCUUAUCUAGUUCUUAUAUAGUUUGUUAGUUUGAAUUAUACUGCUGUGGAUGCAAAAAAUUCAACUGCAUGAUGUACAGAUAAAAGUAACCAUGACUUGAGAUGUAUAAUUAAUUUUUUUAAAGGAAAUUUGUAAACAUUUUGCCACAUAUCUUUAUAUUUGAGGCAAUUUGAAAAGGAAAUGAUGUUUACAGUAUCUUUGUAAGAAGGUUUAGGGUUGGACAGAAUAUAAGAGGUGUGUUUACCAUGAGGAUUACCAUUUCACUCAAAACUUACUAAAUGCCAAGAAAGAAAAAAGAAAAGUAUAUAAGUAGGUCACAUAUUUGCUAAUGGUAGAUUUAAAACCUAAACUUGACAGUAGGUGGACUUCUUGGUACCAAGAAACGGAAAGGAGGGUAGUUGCAGAAGUUGCUGUGUUUUUAGUAGGUAUGAAAGGGUUUAAAAUUUGAAGAAGAAAAAAAGGAGCUUUUGAUUGCAAGUUUCCCUCUUGGUCACAUGCAAGAAGCACAAGGUCUGUGAAUAUAGAAUGCCUUAUUUUUACACAGUGAAGGUAAUGUAGGUAAAAAAAAAAAAAAAAGGGAAUUUGUAAUUAGAAGGGGCUUUCAAAUAAAUGGUCUUGAGUUUGCUAUUGCUGACCAAAGCUUUAGUUCUGAAUGGCUAUGAGGAAUACAUGAUUGGUUCUUAACUUGAUUAGACUUGGAAUAUGUUUGAUAAAUGAUAUUGAUAUGAAUAUUCAUUGUUUUUUUUUUUUGUUUUUUUUUUUUCCAACAGACUUUGUACUGUGAUAAAUGUAUUCCUAUAUUGUUGUGCUGGAAAACAAAAUAAUCCAAUCCACUGCAUUUACUAAUGCAUACUCAGUGUUAGUGAUUUAACAGACUGAAGUCAUUUGGUCUGUUCAGAGAGAGGUUUUCAAGCUGUAACACAUGUGGUGAGUCUGCUUCAGGUGUUCUUGAUAAUGACUGUUAUAUAGAAUUGUUGGCUCAAGAACAUGCACCCAUGUACUCACACAGACACACAUGCAAGUAGACACUUGUAUGCAGAUACACAUUCUUGCAGAUAGACACUUGCUUGUAGAUAGGCACAUAUAUAAAUAGACACACCCACACAUACCGACACACACACAUGCAGACAGAGAAAUAAACAGACAAAUGAACACAGUAACUCACUCAUGUUAUGCUAUAAGAGGUUUGUGAUGAAACAAGAAUUUCUCUACAUUUGGUUACUAUUUAUAAAAUUGAUAUCAAAUUGCACUAGCAAGACUAACUGUAAACUAUGGUUAUUAAUUGUUUUUGAAUGAAAAAAAAAGAGAUUAUAUAUAUAUUUUUCAUCAUUGGUGUUCUGUAUGUACAUUUUAUCAAUAGUAAGGAAAAAGGAUUCCUGUGUAGCAUGCCAAAUUAAGGUGCAAAAGAUGUUAGAUAUUAAUGAUGAUAUCUAUGGACCUGACAAAGCACGAGUCAUAUCUGUUAAGGCUUGGGACUGUGAAUAGCAAAUUAUUAGUCAGGUAGAAAAUCAUGCCAAUUCUUGCACAUUAUAAGAUAACAGGAAUAGAUGUUCACGGAUAUAGAUAAGUGGAGGUAAGUCUGGUUGCAGGAAAGUACUAUAUAUUAUUAAUGUGGAUUAAAGUAUUCCUGUAACCGGAUGAUUAUGAUUACAUUUCAAUUUACUCUCAGCUUUCACAGUGAAUUUAUGGAUGCUCACUGUCUUCUCUUCAUCUUCGUGAGAUGAAAUGUGAUGCCUUACACAUCAUUUCUUCCAUGCAUAACUUGUAUAAAAUUUUAUUUGUGAAUAUACAAUGUAAACAGACAACAGCAGUGUUCAUUUAUGGAAAACUUAAUAGUAAAUGUUUCAAGUGGCUUGGAACCUGUCCACCUCUUUUGAGUAUCAUUGUUAGUAUUCAAAUAAAAAAAAAGAAAUCUUGGCAUGUGUUGUGAAAGGCUAACUAACACUCUUAAGGAUAUACUUUUGUUAUGAUUUAGUGGUCCUUGUACUGCUAAACUACUACUGCUACUGUUCAGUCUUGCAAGAUUGAAGAUAUAAACACAACCAAAGAUUUGUUGUCAUUUAAGGAACACAGAUCUGCUCCAAGGAAAUGUUUUGAUUGUUUUGGGAGAAAUUGCUUGCUUUGUAAGAUUUGCUUUGUGUCCAAGGGUUUGUGUAUGUAAGUUGAAUUAUUAUGAAUACAGCAAUUUACUCUUGCCUAUAGCAUUGAUUAGUAAAUUUUUGUACUUAGGGAAUGCCAACAUUUUUUUUCUUGUGGUGUAUCUGUAGAGGAUUGCAGUAUAAGUUGUAUAUUGUUCAUAACCACCGGCUUUUGUGGAUUACUGAGAAGCACAAAACUACAAUUUUCUGAUCCCCUGUGCUGUCAAAUUCCAGCGAAAGAUAUUUGCAAUUAGUGUGUUACCACCUGUGACAGAGUUCCUAGUUGUGUGGUGUACUAGUAAGAGGUUUGCCAGUGACAAGGAGUGAAAACUUGAACUUGACACUUGAUGCAGCCUAUCCGUGAUCACUAAUAAUUUGGUUUUAGUACACCAGCAGCCUAGUGGUUCUGUAGUGGUCCUGUUAAGGCUGUUGAGGCCGGCUUUCAUUCGCUGUUAAUCAUUGAUAUGGCAGGAUUGGUAAAUAUAACAUUUAGGUUAUUACAUAAGGAGUACUUAAUUUAUCAAUUUAUUUUCUUUGAUUAUUACUAUUAUUUCUAGGAAUGUUGAUAACUGUAGUUCAAAUAAUACUUCCACAGUCUCCAUAUUGGUUCCAGCGUCUGAGAUCAUCCUACUUUUACGCACCAAUCAUCACAAGAAUCAAAAGUUACCUGAAUUAUUUCUACGAGUGAUGGUUAAAGCUUUUUUUUUUAUUAUUAUUUUUUUAAUAGUUAUCUGUUGUUGUUUUCCUUUCAUAUUAUUCUCUUUUCUUGAUGUAUAUACGGUACUUACCUCUGAAAUCACUUACGUAUUUUAAGAAAUGAAUCGAUGGUUGUUAGAUGGAUGUUUUCACGUAGGUUAUUUUUAUUUAUUUUAUUUUUUUAUAUAUACAUUUUUUGGGGGGUAAUUAGUUCGGAUUAAUUUAACCUUCUUAUGAUAUAGGAUCGUGAAUCUUCUGUCAGGCUGAGAGUUUGUUUUGCUCGUCUUUAAAGUACAUUAUUCUUCAUGUGAUUUAGUGGGACAAUCCCCUUCGACAAAUCCUGAUGAUUGUUCUUUUGUAAUUCUCCUUACGAGACGUGUUUUCAACAUGGAUUCCAGUUAUAGAGAUAGAUAUUUUCAGCUUUAAGUUUCUGGUUUUAGGAGAUUUUAGUGUUAAUUUAAUGUGAUUAAUCCUAAUAAGUAUUUCUACCAGUGUUUAUUAGCUAUUAUUUUAUAUUUUAUUUUUGAUUUAAGUUUUUCUAAUGUGAAAUCAUUUGCAUACUGUGGCACAAAUUGCACAAAACAUUACAUUUGUGUCACUAGUUUGAGCAGUUUAUUUUAUUAUUGUUAUCUCUUUUGUGGUUGUAUUUAAAUUUUUUUGUUUUUUCAUUUUAUUUUUUUACUCUUCCUUUACGUUUAAUUAGGUGUUUAACAGGAAACUUGAUAGAAAAUCUUGUAUAUCUUCAAUACUCUGUGAUACUAUUCCUUCCUCAGAUUAAAAAAAACAAAAAACAAAAACAAAAAAAAAAGAUGUGUUUAGAGCUACGACUAGUAAAAAAAAAAAAAAAAAAAAAAAAAAAAAAAAAAAAAUUUAUGAAUCCUUAAGAAAAGAAAAGGAAAAAAAGAAAGCAUUUCCGGAUUUUCUUUCUUCUGCGCAGAAAAGAGAAGUUGUGGGAGUUUUACCUUUUCUUUCUUUUCUUUUUAAUAGGGGACCAGAUUCUGCUGUGUCUUGUGUGUGAAACGACUCUAAGAAGAAAGUGGAUUUCUCUCAACUUUGUCGCUUCCUUCAGAGCGGCAAAGACUGAUUUGUGUUCUUUUUCGGAAAGGGAACUGUUUGUAUUUAAGAGAUGGCAUGCGUUAAUUCUUCUUUUUUACUCGUUUUAGUGAUUUUGGAAGUGGUACAUAAAAUAAAAGUUAUGUAGUAAAUUUGAAUAUCAAAAUCUGUGAAGGCCCCGACUUCCUUAGCAGUAUUAUACACAAAGACUGAACAGCAGUUUAGCGUUACUUUUCAGAUACUGGUCAUUAUGUUGCCAAUAACAGCUUCAGAGUGUAAAGACUGGCAUAGGGCUUAGUGCUUAUGCAAUAUCUAUCCAUUUUGCCUAGCUGUUCUUGCAGUAUAUUCAGCAUUUUCUUCUGAUUGCGGUGGAUGUUAUUAUUAUUUGAUGUCGCAUUUGAAGUGAAAAUUGCCCACUGUGAUUAAUUACCUAUUUAAGUAAUAUAUAUAUAUUUUUUUGGUAUCAUGAAUUUGCAUAUAGUAAAUGCGUUGAAGCUUACCUUAUAUAUAUUUCUUCUCAGGAGGAUGCUUUAUGUUAAACGAAUAAAGGCGAGCUGCUAAUAUGAGGUUGAUGUGGAGUAUGGGUGGCAGUGAAAAGGAAUAUUAGGUCUGUUAGCAAUCCAAAAUUUCUCCUUGACUGCCAAUAUAUUGUAUGUCAAGGAAGUUUGAAAUGUGAACUUAUAUUGUUUAAGAUGCAAGAAUUGUGAUUUGUUUUAAAGGUUCGUGAAGAAGAGUGAUCAUGAUUGUGUUGGACUUGGCAAGUUGAAUGUUUAUCUAAUUAUAUAUAUUUUUUUUUUUUCCAUUAUUGUUGGCAGGAAUUGUUGAUGAAUAUUUUAUAUUUCUGUAUCAUUAAGGGAAUUAAUUAGAACCCCACUUGACCCAGAAAAAAUGCUGAAUAUUUUACCAGAAAUCACAAACCAUUCCAUCUUCCCUAUGCUACCUUGUACAUGUUGUACAUAGGAGUUUCUGUACAUCUUAACUAUUAUGUAUAUACAUAUAUAAGAAUAAAAUUAUAGUUCUA